AUGUCAAGUGAGAUGUGCAAGGCUAUUGCAUGUGCUGGCAAUGGCAUCUGUCAAAUAGCCACCACCUCUGAGAGCAUCAUUGGAAAAUGCUCCAAGCUGGUGCGUGCAAGCCAGACCUACAUUCUCAAGAAUGUCAGUGCUGACUGGGGCUCAGUUUUUACCCCUACAGAUGCCAGGAGUUCUAUCCAUCAGGCCCCUGCAAAGAUCUCUGCAAUAUAUCCUGGACACCAAUUCAUUGUCUUUGCUUUCAUUGAGGGCACAAGCUUCAAGCCUCCAAAGAAGUUCAUCAUGGACUUAAAUGAUGCUGAUCGCAAGCAGCCUUCGCAAGAUGCCAAGGCCUUCAUCACUAGACUGGGCAUCAAAUAUUUGCUGGUGAGCCGAUACACAUCCUUUGUCGCUAUCGACAAGUGCACUACCUGUAACCUGCGGCAGGCCCAAAUUGCAACAGCAUAUGACGCCUUCACACACACCAUCGUGGGCCACACAGCCCCUUCAAAGAAUGCCGAACACAGAGCAGUGGGCUCUGAAAAGGCAGCACGCAAGCAGCUGUCAAUGACUACUUGCAAAGCUGCCAUGGCAGCAUGCAAGAGCACCAGUGUGACAAUGACCACUCCUGCAUCCUCUGCCACCAGUGGCCCACUGGCCAAGCAUGUCUGUACUGAUGCAGGCACAGCUGCACCUGCCCCAAGCCAGAACUUCAGCACCAAAGCAACCAUUGCUCAAUCUUCAGAUGACAAAGUGCUUGUGCUUGUGCAGCUCCAGUUGUUCGAUGGGUCAUUCCCUGCCAGUGAACAGCUUGGAACUGUUGUCGGCAGCGACGCUUUGGCUGGGGAAAAGACUCUUCAAGUCACUGACAAAGCAUGGGCUACAGCACUUGCCAUUGCAAGAAACACAUGA